AUGAGCCCACCCGCAACAGGACAGCCUGAGAUGUCAUCCGCCACGAAAGAGCUCUUGGCCAAGGUGCGCCAGAUCGUGCCGCCAAUGCUGGGGAAAUUCCACAAAGGCCAGCUUGGGCGCGUAGCCGUCAUCGGGGGCAGCGAAGAUUACACGGGCGCGCCGUACUUUUCCGCCAUGGCGAGCGCGCGCCUGGGCUGUGACAUGUCCCACGUGAUCUGCACACCAGGCGCAGCAGCCGUGAUCAAGACCUACAGCCCAAACCUCAUGGUCCACCCGCUCAUGCGGCAGUCGCCCUCUGACGCUGGCUCGUCACAGAACCCGGCAGACACGGACCCCAAGGAGAUCUCCAAGAAGAUCAUCGAGAUGCUGCCCCGGCUGCACGUCCUCGUCGUCGGGCCCGGGCUGGGCCGGGACCCCCUGAUGCACGACACGCUGGCCGAGGUCCUGGCCGCGGCGCGGGAGCGCAGGAUGCCCGUCGUCAUGGACGCCGACUCGCUCGGCCUGGUGCUCAAGUCGCCCGAGCUCGUCAUGGGCUGGCGCGAGGUCGUCCUCACGCCCAACGUCGUCGAGUUCGGGCGCCUCUGGAAGGGCGUCAAGUCCGAGGACUACAACCCGGACCAGAUCGAGGGCGACCCCGCGCGGCACAUCAAGGCACUGUCGAAGGCGCUCGGGGGCGUCACGAUCGUGCAGAAGGGCGGGGUGGACCUGAUCAGCAACGGCGACGAGACGCUGGUUGUCGAUCUCCAGGGCGGGCUGAAGCGGAGCGGUGGCCAGGGCGAUACGUUGACGGGCAGCAUCGCGACGUUCCUGGGGUGGAGGAACGCGUACCUCGAGAAGCUGUGGGAUCAUGGCGGGGAUAUGAAGGAGGAUGAGCUGCUGCGGUUGGCGGCCUUUGGAGGUGCUGCUAUCACGAGGGAAUGCUCCCGCCUCGCGUUUGAGAAGCACGGCCGCAGUUUACAGGCCAGCGACCUGACGGAACAGGUUCACGUCGCCUUCAUGACCCUUUUUGGCGAGCCCGACAAGUAA